GGCCGGAAGCACCGGCGCGGCCGUUUCCGUUGCGGGGGGCGGAGGCGGGCCCCGCGCGCGGAGCGGCGGCGGCGGCGGCCAUGGCGGCGGGCAAGGCGGCGGCCGAGCCCCUGGGGCGGACGGCGGAGGAGGUGGCGUGGGCGGAGGCGCUGCGCGGGGCCUGCGAGCCCGAGCACCACUGGCGGCACCGGCGGGAGUUCCUGCUGCGCAACGUGGGGGCGCCGCCGGCGGCGGGCAGCGCCGAGCUGCAGCGCCUGGUGUCCCUCUCCAUGGUGUGGGCCAACCACGUCUUCCUGGGCUGCCGGUACCCGCCGCAGGUCAUGGAGAAGGCGCUGGAAAUGGCCGAUGGCAUCCAGGUGACCGGCGCGCCCGUCCGCACCACGAGAGAUGAACUGGUUGCCAAGGUGAAGAAAAGAGGCAUAUCAAGUAGCAAUGAAGGGGUAGAGGAGCCCUCCAAGAAGCGAGCUGUUGAGAAAAGCAAAGAUUGUAAGGAUACUGAAAAGGAUGUGAAAACAACCAAGGUAGAAGCCCUGAAGGAAACAGAGCGGGCAUCGCCAAAAAAGCAGGGAAAAGAUACUAGCAAAGAUCCAGAAGGCUCCCAGUCAGCUUGCAGUUCAAAUCAAGAAAUGGUCACCGCAUCAGACGUAGAAACAGAACAAAAAUCUGCUAAUGCUGAAAGUAUGACUGAACAAACCCCAUCUUCAUCUGAAAAAGAGUCGGGAGAGAAGCCUUGCUCAAAUCCACCUAAGGAAAGCAAAUCUGAAAACGUGCCAUCCCCUGAAAAGAAAACUACAGUAAGUGCAGUGCCACCAGCUGCCAAGGGCACCCCGUUGGCAGAGGCGGUGCCAGCAGCUGCCAAGAGCGCCCCGCAGGCAGCGGCAGCGACGGUGCCACCGACCACCAAGAGCACCCUGCAGGCAGCGACGGUGCCGCCGACCACCAAGAGCACCCCGCAAACAAGCACUACCUUGGUGUCUUCCAAAACACAAGCCGGUGCCCCAGCAUCAGCAUCCAAGAGCAGCGCUCAGGCAGGCAGCUCGCUGCUUCUGGCCCCCAAGAGCGGCACUCAGACGGGCGCCUCGCUGCUGCUGGCCUCCAAGGGCACUGCUAAGGCAAGCUCCUCACUCCUGGCCUCCAAGAGCAGUGCCGAGGUGGCUGCAUCAUUGCUGGCCGCUCGGAGUGGUGCUCAGCAGGGCUCCUCACUGCUGACUUCCAAGAGCAGCGCUCAGGUGGCUGCUUCACUGCUGGCUGCUCGGAGCGGCGCUCAGCAAGGUCCCUCGUCACUGGCCUCCCGGGGUGGAGCUCAGGCAGGUGCUUCCCUGCUGGCCUCCAAGAGCGGCACGCAGGCAGGUUCACUGCAGCAGGCUUCCAAGAGUGGCUCGCAGGCAGGUGAAAGCCCCGCUAAGGCUUUGUGCAAGCCGUUGACCAGUGAAGAUGCGAAGGAAAGGCAGCCUUUUUUCAACAGACUGUACAAAGCUGUAGCCUGGAAGCUGGUUGCUGUUGGAGGCUUCAGUCCUAACGUAAACCACGCAGAACUUCUAAACUCAUCUAUUCAGUCUGUAAAAGCUACGUUAGAUGUUGCUUUUGUUCCCCUGAAGGAACUUGCAGACUUGCCUCAAAAUAAGAGCUCUCUAGAAAAUAUAGUUUGUGAACUGAGGUGCAAGUCUGUCUACUUGGGUACUGGCUGUGGUAAAAGUAUGGAAAAUGCCAAAGCGGUUGCUUCAAGAGAAGCUUUGAAGUUAUUCCUCAAGAAGAAAGUUAUUGUGAAGAUAUGCAAAAGAAAAUACAAAGGUAGUGAAAUUGAAGAUUUGGUACUUCUGGAUGAAGAAUCAAAACCUUCAAAUUUACCUCCAGCUUUAAGAAAUCCUCGUGAGAUCUUGUAGGGGAGAAUAGCAGUUUGUACCUGUAUAGUAGUAGUUCAACACAAGGACUGAAGGUUCGUUUUGUACUUCAAAAACGUAGGCUUCCAGAUAUUUUGUAUUUCUUUCUCAGUUUUGCAAGACAAUGAUAGUCUUUUCACUUGGUAGCAAUUGUAUAAAACUUGUUAGAGACAACAAGUGCGCAUUUAAAGGUAUGCCUUAAUAUAUAGCACACCAGUGUGCUGUUUUAUUUGCAAAAUAGUCUACCUAAUUCUUCUAUUUUUAAUUAAACGAUUAAGGUACAACUUGCUGUUUAAAACCUGACAAUUUUGUAAUUCUUACGAUUUGAUGGCAGUGUGCUCAGUUGUCUACCGUAACGUCUUUUUUAGCCACAUAGAAGUAUGUAUAUAGGGACCAUAAUACUUGAACGAUUGAAAGUUGUUUUAAGAAUUUCAAUCAAAAAGUUGAAUCAUCUGUUUCAGGCUUGUUGUUCAUAACAUUCGCUGUUCUUCAUACUAGGAGAGUACAUAGUUGGUUGACUAUUUUUAUGGGAUGUUUACCUAAUGCUCGCAAUAUAAAUGACACCCUGAUCCCAUUUAACGUACUAGCAGGUUAGAUCCCAUUUAUCGUUACACUGUCAAAUUACCAGUUAGCAGUCCAGUCACAGCUACUUCAGCCACCAAAACUCUGUAAGCAGUUCUGAUUUAUAUUGUGAAAUAUAAUUUACGUUUUUUUUCCAAAUAAAUAUGGAUUUCUAUACUAAGCAUAUUUUGACUGCUACUGAAACAAAACCUCUGGGAUAUGCUUUUAUAAUACUUUGAGUUUGAUUAUUAAAUACUGUAGCCAUUUCAAUAACUUUGCGAUACUUUAAGAAAAGCUUUACUUUGAGUGGCUUCAAGGCGUACUCCCACAAGGAUGAGAUUUUUUUUCUUUGGAUGCAUAGCUGAGAUACUGUAAAACCAAUAGAGUGGACCUAUGGAAUAUCUUUCUGCUUUUGUACCACCAAGAUAAGCAAAGUGAAGAUGCUGCUGUCUGCUAGAGACAGCGAGUGUAUUGUGAAGCAUUCACACUGACGGAGCCCUUCCUUUGCUACGUUUUUACAUGAUGUACAGAAUGGUUUGAAGCAAAGAAAGUGGUUCUUUGCUUCAAUAAUAUAUAAAGUAACAUUGAAAAUAAAUAACAUUUAUUUUCAAUGUUACUGAAAUACCUGCACAAACUGCAUGUUUUGAUAUUAUUGGAUAAUGACAUGUAACUGUAAACCAUAAUGUCUUUAGUGCUAUUUUGACUUUUUCUUGUCCAAUUACAGUAGUUAGCAUCAUUUUGUGGCAACCUUACACCUGACAGAUCCAUUGAUCGAGUACUACAGGAGCGAAUAGGAAUUCCUGGGGUCUCGGUAGUAUGUACGUCCACUUAAAAGACUUCAGAUUUUUUUUUUUUGUGUGAUUUUGGGACUUUAAACCACAAUGCUGGUGUUACACUGUACCCACAAGAUUUUGAACAGCAGUGGCUGUCCAGUCUGUAGCACCUGAAAGCCGGCAAGGUGCUCGUGCUUCCCGAUGGCUGGUUGAGAGCUUCCUCCAUCUGACCCCUGUGCUUCUGCGCCCUCGGUCGCCCGCCCUUCGCUCUGGUUGGGUUUCUCAGGAGUUUUCCCCUCGGUGUUUCUGGAGCACCGCCUGAUGUUCGGAACGCAACACAUUCAUUACAUUGUGUCUUUCGCCACGUAGGAACUGGUGCGUGCUUCUAGUGCAGAGCAAGUUUUGUGCUGUACUUAGGAGUCGUGGUGUUUGUGCCAGGAAGCGUUGAGAUCUGUUUUUAAAUCCUCACCUCGUUCAGGUGGAGACACAGAAUGACUGUUUUUGUGGAGCAGGAGUUGUGUCCUGUGCCCGCUGAAGUACAGCGUUUUCUAGCUGGCUGUUUGGGCAUCUCCAGGUCUCCGGUUGAGAACGGCAGCCUGUGUUGCCCUGUGAAACCCUGUGUUUCCCGUCUGUAAAGCGAAGUUUGUGGUGUUGACCGACCUCGCGGUGGGGGGGGGGGGGGGGUAACUGUGUUAAAAGGCUGAGGUGCUAGAUGCCUUUUUUUUAAGUCCUGACUUUAGCUUACUUUAUUAAAAAAUUUUUGAAUGUUAUUCCUCUUUGAUGUUUGGUUGUGAUUCAUUAAAGGACGAGUCUAUAGCUACUCUUAAUAUAAACUGAAAGUUGAAGUGUGUUAUUUUUAUUUCACAUUCUGCAUGGAAGCAGCUCAACAAGCAGAAUCUGCCGUAGAAGCAAGUGAGCAUUAAGUAUUUGAAUGAGAGUUUAUUAACAUUUGAUUAACUCUAGAGGAAGAAAUGAAGAUUUUUCAAAGAACCGGCUGUGGCAAGAAGGGUUUGCAUAGUCCUGUCAGCUCUAAAACCCCUGGGUUUCCCUUCCAGGCGCCAUCGUGGUCUCCAGCCGGUGGGAUGCUGGUCUUGAAUCGCCCGGCGCGGCUGGUGAGGACCGGCUAGAACGAACGCGCUGACACCGCGGGUGUGCAGAGCUGCCCCGGGGGGGCCGUGAAACCAACCGAAACAAAAGCUGGCUGGCCCCGGUCCCUGCGGGAGUGCUGGGGACUGCAGGCGCCGGCCGUGGCUCCCGUCUCCUCUGAGGGCUGCUACAGCAGCCGAAGCACGUCCUGCCGGUGCUGCGGGAGGCCGGGUCCGUACCGAUUCGGGGGGCUACGGGCAGAAGCUCGGGGGUUCCGCCGCGCGGGGGGCGCUGGCCGCACGGCGGCGCUAGAGGGCGCCGGCUGCCGGGCUCCGCGCAGGCGCGGCCGGGGUGCGGCGGGGGGCGUGGCUGCGCGCCCAGCAGCCGCUCGUGCUGCCGCCGCGGGGGCGGGGCCUCGGCCCUCAAUUUGCUUAAUGCUGUCGCGGGGCGGGGCCGCGCCGCGGUGGGGUACGGGUCGCGGCCACCCGUGCCCGUGGGGCUCCGCCGGGGACGGCCCGCCGGCUGCCGGCUGUGCAGCGCCUGCGGGGGCCAGCGGAGAGCGGGGCGGGGCGGCAGCACGCCUCGCCCUGGCCGGCAGGCGCUCCCGGCUGCCGUGCCGUAUAAGGCGGAGCGGCCCCGAGAGCAGGGCGGGAUGCUCUGAAGACCUGCUCGCUAGGCCACGCACGGAGGACACGGUUCCUCACGGGCCGCGCGCCCGCCUAGGGGAAAGUCCCCGGACCGCCGGCAGAGAGUGCCGGGCGCUACCCGCGCCCCCGCCCGCCCCGGCCUCACGCACUCCCGCCGAGACGCCCCCGGGCCGAGCGGGUGAGCGCGGGGCGGGCUCUCGUCACGGCCACAGACACGCAGGUAGUGCGCAGGCGCACCAACAGAACGGGGCUCACUCUCAGGCCAUCCCCUUUUACCGGCCCGCGGCGGCGGCGCGGCACCCGCCGCAAAUGCUCUCUCGCUGCUCUCCCGGCGGCGGCUCCGGGUGGCGGGACCCCGCUUCUCCUGACAGCCGCUGGGCUUCGGGGUGCGCCUGGCGGAGCGCCUGCCGCUGCCGCCCCUGCCCGCAGGGUUUCCUUCCCUGCCCGACGGAAGCACCUACGCUGCUGCCGGGGCUCCCCGGGGAAGGCCGGCACCCCGGACCGGUGAGGGCCGCCGGCGCUACCUGCCCGCUCUGGGUCCCUGAUGCAAGAUGCCGCUGCCCACCGCAAUCCUGCACGCUGAAACUCUUCCCAUGCUAUCAAUGGAAUGCUGAACAAAAUCUUACCAACUCGUGUAUUAUCAGGUGAAACGGGACAGGAAUCAGCUACGAUUUGAGGAUAUAAAAUCAAGAUUACCACAGAUGAGAGGCAAAACUGCAAAACGGAAAAAUAAGAUUUGGACUAAAUAUCUGGAAAUAUUUUUUAUAUACAUACAUAUACAUAUAUAUACACGUACAUAUCAAAAUCUAUACAAUAUAAGGAAAUAAACUUUCACAAAAAGAAGGGAAAUUCUCUGAUUGCAACUUUGAAAAACCGUACUGGGAAAUUAUCAGUAAAGAAACAAAGCUGUUGGGAUCUGUUCUCCACGAAAAGUGAGGGUAGUUUAGAGACAUAUAAAUCAAUCUAAAUAAAUUGAGUAUAGGA